UUGUAUUGGAGUCACCUGUUGUUUGGAACCACCUGAUGAACAUGUAAAUCAGUGUGUUAUAAAUAAGCUAUAUUUGCCUACAGUGCUGUGUAGGAUUCUGAAAACAAAUGUUUGUUUUGCGAGGUUUCACUCUUUGGUUCAAUACGUUGAAUGUUGGUAGUGUGAGCUGAGCUGGGGUGCCGUCUGUGGCACCGUCAAAGAUAUGUAUCAUUCCUGAAUCAGGUAUGACGUCGACGCAGAGAUAAGAAAUUGAGUCUUUGAUCUCUGUGACUGUUUUUGUUUUUUUGACAAGCUAAUAGCUGCCCAUUCAUGCCAGGUGGGCCAGUUAGUGAUUGCAAAAGUGUCCACGGAGUUCUUGCGUCCUAUAGACCACACCUGCACCUGCGAGCAUAUUUCUCAUGGCGCCUCCUCUUUGGUACCUGGUAUUUAAACUUGAAACUUUUGAAAUCUCCGUUGUCAAAUUGAACUCGUUCUGACAGUAACGUCGUCUAAGCCAGUGAAACGCGCGGUGAUUGGCAGGGGGAUUCGCUGCACAUCAUGACGCGCACACAGCGGCACGCGCUCCUGCCGUUAGUUUGUCUCUUCCUCUGGCAUUCUGACGCUCAGCGGGUGUUCAGAAUUUCUCCACAUGUUGGAAGCAUUAACGGAGCAACAAGAAUUACCAUAGAAGGGGAAGGUUUUGCUCAGGAAAAUCAGUUUUCCCUGAACCCGGAUGAUGCCGACUUUGGAAACAGUGUGACUCUGGUGUCUAAGACCAGGUCCAUCCCGUGCGACGUGGAGAGAGACUCCACUCAUGCCAACCAGAUAUUAUGCUACACAAGAGCCAUGCCCCAUGACAGCUACUACAUCCGGGUGAGUGUGGAUGGAGAGCCCAUUCCCAACCGUCGAAUGUGCAACGGCUGGUACACCCACUACAUCUGCAGCUUCUAUCCCCGCUGGUACCGCACCCCCACAGUCCAAGCACUCAGUCAAGCACAGGGACCAACAGGUUCCUUGAUUUCAAUGAGGGGGAGGACAUUCACGGAUGUCUAUGGGAGCAACACUGCCACCAGCUCCAAUGGCCUCAAUGUCAGGUUCCUAAGGGCCUACAUGGGAGGGAUGCCCUGCGACCUUCUGAAGCCCAACUCUGAUGAGCUGUACGGCCUGAAGCUGGACUCGGAGACGAGUUGGUCGGGGAAGAUGAAUUGUACCAUGACUGGAACAUAUGUCGGGCAUCAUAACCUGAGUUACAUUCUGGACAGUGAAUUCGGAAGGAGUUUGCCUGAGGAUAAAGUCUACUUCGUCUCAGGGUUGAACAAGCUCUCCAUGUUUCAGACGUAUGCAGAGGUGACGGGCGUGUACCCCUCGGAGGGCAGUGUCCUCGGUGGAACCCUGAUGACCGUUCACGGACGUCACUUUGAUGAAACCGAUAAGCCAGCAACUGUUUUGGUUGGAGGUCAGGAAUGUAAGGUGGUGAGUGUGGCCGACGACAUGAUUGUAUGCAGGACUCCAGAGCACCCACAGACCAGCAUGACGCUCUUUCCAGGUGGCCGAGGUUUGAAGAUGGAACUGUGGAACGCGUCUUUUCCAAGAGACCUAGAGGAUGUUCUGGACUACAACUCCAGCUGGCCAGACUACUCCGCAGGCUGGGUCGACUCCCUCACACACUCCUACCCCGAUGAGAUUCCACGCUUCGUCUCCAAGCUCAGCGGCUUCUUCGUUCCCAUGGAGACAGACUACUACAGGUUCUUCAUCAAAGGAGAUGACAAAUACCACCUAUACCUCAGCCUUACUGGGAACCCCCAAGACAAGGUACUCAUUGCAUUCAGAUCCGGCACCACCAACAACUUCUUCUCCUCAGGCUCCCAGUCCUCCUCUGUCAUGCAUCUGGAGAAGGGCAAGGCAUACUACCUGGAUGCCCUCCUCCAGGACUGGGGCGGCCCCGGCUGGGUCCAGGUCGGAGUCUAUAAAUGGAAGAGCCCCUUCACCCACGAUCAGGCCCAAGAAGCCGUGAACGAGAAACAGAUUCUCUACGCUAGAUACAGUGUCUUAGAGGAAAAGCAGGUGUUGCGUUUCGAUGGCUGGGGCUCAGUGAGGACUCCAGUGAAGGAGGUGCAACAGGUGACUGUGAGCAGUGAGUGCUUCUCUCGAGGGACCUGUGCGUUCACCUUCUACACCUUGUCUUAUGGAGAACACCAGACAGGACCUGUUGCUGUGAGUGCGUCGGCAGAUGAUGUUGCCGCUGCUCUAAACGGCCUGUGGACGAUUAAACCUGACUCGGUCACGGUGACCAAACAGGACCUCGGCACAGCAGCACAGUACACAGUGACCUUCGACUCCAGAAGAGGUGAUUUUGAAAGCCUCGACUCCUGGAGCAUGGGGAGCGACCUGAAUGUUUCAGUUACCGAGGUAACCAAAGGAGUGGCCAGCCUGGAGACGUUCACUGUGCUGUGGGGGGGAAUCCCAUCCAGCCCCAUCCCAUUCAACGCCACGGAGUCGGAGGUGCUGGGUGCCAUAGUGGCGAUGGUGAGCGCUGAGUGUCCUGCAGAGGUGCUGUCAAUGGAGAGCUCAGCAGUCAAGUACCACAGAGACUACGAGGAUGAAGAUCAUACUGGGUUCUCUGGGGACCUGAACAGGAGAGGGACGCGCGUGCAGGACACUGAUGCUUUCUGUGGUCGCUGGUCACUUAUGAACCCUGAGAUCCUCUUCCUGUCGACCGACACCAAGGAGUCUGGAGGGACCUAUAAAGAUGUGAACCUGCAGGCGCAUGGCACGCUCUGCUUUGCCUACAGCGGAGGCCUGAAGAGAGAGGUGGGAGUGAAGUUCUCGUACAAAAACAGCGAGGGAGCCACAAAGACAGCCACAGCCCAGGUUCCCCUACCAGCUGACCAGGACUCAGGCUGGCACUACACGUGUGUUGACCUGAUGAGCUCCCUGCAGACUGAGUACUUUGGCAGCAACUAUUUGAUGACGGAGCUGCACCUCUCCAAAGAUGCAGAGGGAGAGGAUUACUAUGUGGAUGCUGUUCAUCUGGGGAAGAGUGCUACAGUGUUCGAUAAUUCCGCCCUCCAUAAAAGAAAGCCACCUGCUCUGGCGCAGUCGGGCCACAUCAUCGACAGCGUCAGUGUGGCCAAAACCACAGAGGGGUCAAGGGUCAGCUAUGAGAUCAGCGCCUCGCCCUUCAACUGUGCCUACGACCUCCCUCUGUUGGAGGUCGGCUUUCUGCAGGAAAUCUCCAGUGAUCUGACAGACAGUCAAGACUUUACAGAGGGGGUCGCGAAUGUGACCGUCACCCGUACACAGCGGGCAAGCCCACCUCUGCAAGGAACUUUUGACAUCGAGAUUUACGGGCAACGUGUUGAAGGCUUGGCGGUGGACAUAUCAGCCGAUGAUCUAAGGUACGCCCUGCAGGGCAUCCCCGAGAUGGGCUUGCUGGCGGUCAAGAGGUUAGGCGACUGCAAAGGUCUCUCAUGGGUGAUCACCUGGCUGGGCAGGCCUGGGCGUCAACCACUUCUUCAGGUGAACGGUUCAGAUGUGACUGGAGUUAAUCCACGGGUGUUUGUCCACGUCAGAGACCAGGGAGGCCUGUUCAUGCAAAGCAUCAUGGGAGAUUUGUUACGUGUCCCAGAAUCCAAACCACAGGUGGAGGUGCUGAUCAACGGCAUCCCAUCAAAGUGUUCAGGUGACUGUGGCUUUGAGUGGAGCGAAGGCAAAACCCCCCUGGUGACUGGCAUCUCCCCCUCACAAGGAUCAAACAGUCUUGGGACAGUUCUGACCGUCAGUGGGUCUGGUUUUGAUGGCCAGAACGCUACUGUUUGGAUAGGACACACAGAAUGCUUCGUAAUCCAAGUCACCGACACCCAGGUGACCUGCAGUGUGGGCCCUGCUGCCGCUGGACCUUACCCUGUCAUCCUGAGCAUCCCCAGCCUGGGCUACGCACGUUACCAAGGAAACGGGACUUUCAACUUCACCAGCCAGCUCACCGUCUCCUCUGUGUCUCCGACCUCAGGCAGUGUCACAGGUGGCACAGUCCUAACCGUGGUGGGCUACGGCUUCAGCCCGGACACAGAAGUGACGAUCGGAUCAGAGAUGUGUGAGGUGCUGGCGGUGGACCUCAGCAUGCUCCAGUGCAGAACUCCUGCAGGGUCAAUGGGGUCGCAGACUGUCACCGUGAGAAUGGGGGAGAUGAGUGAAGAGGCAGGACAGAGUUUCAACUACAGCGACAGCGUGACCGCCACCAUCACCAGCAUCAGCCCACACACAACCACCGUCAGCGGCCACAGGCUUCUGGUCGUCUUGGGAACCAACUUUGGGGUGCAGGGCAACAACAGCCUGGUGUUUGUUGGCCAGGCAGAGUGUGAGAUUGUGGAGUGGAACGCCACUGCCAUCACCUGUGUCCUGCCCUCCCGAUCCCCGGCCGUGUACGAGGUCCACGUGCAGGUGGGCAACAUGGGCUACCCCAGACUCAGUGCUGGAGUGAACGCUUCAGUGGAGUACGUGCUGGAGGUGUCAGGUGUCUCCCCACUGCAGGGCUCUCUGUAUGGGGGGUCCAGGUUGACCAUCGCCGGCUCUGGGUUCAGUUCCAACCCAGGGGAGAACAGUGUCAUGCUAGGAGAGCGGCACUGUGAGGUCACAGACGCAUCGGAGCACCAGAUCCAGUGUGUGGUGGAGUCAGGGGUGAAGACACACACCGUCACCAACCAGGGCUCCCACCCAACUCAUGGCGAGGGGUACGCGUGGAGCCCUGCGGCAGUGCUGGCCACGGUAGGGGACACGGUGGUGUGGCGUUGGGAGGCGCCGGCGUUCCUCCAGGGCGUUGGCUUCAGGGUGUUCAGCGUGGCCAACCCCAGCAGCACCACACCCGAUGGCUUCGCAUUCACCAGCGGAGACACCAACACCCCCACUGGCUUCUUCCGCUACCAGUUCACGUCCCCUGGUGUGUACUACUACAGCAGUGGCUUUGUGGACGACAGCAACCAGAAGAGUCUGCAGGGGUCGGUGACGGUCCGAGGGGUCGAGGACAGCAGCAUCGAGCUGCACGUCACUGUGGGAGACUUCGCUGCUUUGAUCAGACCAGCCCAGAGUCGAGUGAGUAGGUCUGUGGAGGAGUGCGUCCCCUCCACCCCUGACUGCCCCGGCUCGGCCGCCUCCUCUAACGGGACCUCCUCGGGGGGCGCAGGGACCUCCUCGGGGGGCGCAGGCCUCUCCUUCAGCUUCAGCAGCUGUGCCAGUCCUGCGGUGCACGCCAUCUCGCCCGCCAGCGGCCACGCCCUCGACUUCAUCCACAUCCAGGGCAUGGGCUUCGGCACCCAGAGCUGUGCCAUUGAGGUGAUGGUUGGAGAUCACCCUUGCCAGGUUGUCAACAACACACAGACAGAGAUCUUCUGCCAGCUCCGCACAGACAGUGGCGCGGACAUUGGCAUCCCACUUCCUGUCUCUGUCCGAGUGAAUAACCUCGGCACUGCCAUCAACACCGCACCCAGCGAGUAUGACCGGCGCUUCGUGGUUCUGCCCGUGGUGGACUCAGUAAGCCCGUCCAGCGGCAGCACCACCGGGCACACCAAGCUGACCAUCAGCGGUUCUGGGUUCUCAGAGAACGUAGCUGUCACAGUGGACGGCCUCCCUUGUGAUAUUAUGUGGGCGAACUACACCAUGGUUGUGUGCGGCACGGCCCCGUCCUCCACUGCUGACCGUAGUGGGCCUGCGGUGGUCCACGUGGGCAGCAUUGCCUCCUCGUGCCAGGGCGACUGCACCUUCACCUACUCCGCCUCGCUGGCACCACACGUGUUUGGCGUACACCCCGACACAGUCACCGGCAACCUGACGUCCGUGGUCAUCAACGGCACCGGGUUCGGCAGCGAUGUCGACGACGUGUCCGUCCACGCCGGAGGGAUCAGCCUUGAGGUGACGGAGGUCACCGACACCACCAUCACCCUCUCCGUUGGCCCGCUGCCCGGCGGCUCUCAUCCGCUGAGGGUGGUGGUGAUGAGCCGGGGGUUGGCGCAGGGGGGGGGUGGUGCCACCCUGAGCAGCGACGCCCGUGCCACGCUCAGCCCCGCGGCGGGCAGCACGGCUGGGGGCACCCCGCUGGUGCUCAUGGGUAAUGGGUUCCUGCCGGGAGCAACCAGUGUGAGCCUGGACGGCGCCCCCUGCUGGAUCACAGAGGUGACGCCGGGAGAGGUGCGCUGCCUGACCCCUCCUCAUGAUGCGGCGCUGGUGGAGGUGCUCGUGGAGGUGCUGGAGGUGCUGUACCCGGCGCUGACCUUUAACUACUCACAGGCACACACACCUGAGGUCACCGACGUCAGCCCGGCAACAGGACCCAGCAACACAGUCAUCACUCUAACGGGCUCGGGCUUUGGUUCUGACGCCAGCCUCAUCUCCGUGGAGAUAGACGGUGUUGCCUGCAACGUUGCCACGGUAACGGACACUCAGGCCACGUGUGCCGUGGGUGAGCACGCCGGCGGCACCUUUCCCAUCAUGCUUCAGCACAAACUGAAAGGUUACGCCACGUCCGAGGAGGUCUUCAGCUACGAGCUCCGUCUCUCAGGGGUGGUUCCCUCCGAAGGGGGUGUUGGUGGGGGCAGCAUCGUGAGCGUUGAGGGCACCGGGUUCGAGCCCAGCUCCUCCCGGGUGUGGAUCUGUGAGAGUGAGUGUGAGGUUCACAGGGACACGUCCACCUCUACACACCUCUACUGCCAGGUCCCGCCCGCCAACGGAAGUGAUGCGGAGCAACCCUGCCUAGUCACGGUGAUGAACGGCAAAGACUCUGUGAACGUAUCAAAUGGAUACUCGUACAAAUCCUCCCUGACGCCGGCGGUCACCGAGGUCACGCCUCGCCGAGGCGGCACCGCCGGGGGCACGAGACUGACGAUCACCGGCUCCAAUUUCAGCACGAACAGCAGUGAAGUUAGUGUGACCAUCGCCGGAUCUGUGUGUGACGUGCAGUCUGCCAACCAAACACACCUCGUUUGCGUCACCAACUCCCAGCCCAGGUCUCAGGAGACUAAAGUGCGAGUUCAGAUUGGGGACAGGGGCACUGCUCCGAUGGACCAGGCGGACUUCUUCUACAUAGAUGUGUGGUCCUCCCGGUACACCUGGGGUGGUCUUUCUCCCCCUGAGAAGGGCUCCUUCGCCGUCAUCACUAAGGGCCAGACCAUCCUGCUGGACGCCAGCACCCCUGUGCUCAAGAUGCUCCUCAUCCAAGGCGGAAAGCUGGUGUUUGAUGAGCAGGACAUAGAACUUCAGGCGGAGAACAUCCUGAUCACGGACGGAGGAGCGCUGCAGGUCGGAACCGAGGAGGAACCGUUCCAGCACAAGGCCAUCAUCACGCUUCACGGGCACCUGCGCUCUCCCGAGCUGCCUGUGUACGGAGCCAAGACCCUGGGGGUGCGAGAGGGAGUGCUGGACCUCCAUGGUAUCCCCGUCCCCGUCACCUGGACCCGCCUCGCCCAGACGGCUGGGAGCGGCCAGUCCACGCUGGUCCUCACACAUCCGGUCACCUGGAGGAGCGGAGACCAGGUGGUCAUCGCCACCACUGGUCACAGGCACAGCCAGAGAGAGAACGAGGUGAGGAUCAUCUCCUCAGUGUCCUCGGACGGCCGGACGCUCACGCUGGCGGAGCCCCUGGAGUACACCCAUCUGGGGGUGUCCGUCACGCUGCCUGAUGGGACGGAGUUCGAGGCCAGGGCAGAGGUGGGACUCCUCACCAGGAACAUUGUGGUGCGCGGAUCGAACAACGCUGAGUGGAACGAUCAGGUGGAGGCCUGUCCAGACGGCUUUAACACAGGUGAGUUUGCGACACAGACCUGCUUCCAGGGGAGGUUUGGAGAGGAGACAGGAAGUGACCAGUUUGGAGGUUGCAUCAUGUUCCACGCCCCCAGACCUGGAGAGAACCUGGCCAUCGGCAGAAUUGAACACGUUGAGAUCUUCAACGCAGGCCAGGCCUUCCGUCUGGGCCGCUACCCCAUCCACUGGCACUUGAUGGGCGACGUCAACUUCAAGUCCUACGUGCGCGGCUGCGCCCUCCACCAGACCUACAACCGCGCCGUGACCAUCCACAACACGCACCGCCUCCUGGUGGAACGCAACGUCAUCUACAACAUCAUGGGCGGCGCCUUCUUCAUCGAGGACGGCAUCGAGACGGGCAACGUGCUCCAGUACAACCUGGCCGUGUUCGUCAAGCAGAGCACCAGCCUGCUCAACGACGACGUCACUCCGGCCGCCUACUGGGUCACCAACCCCAACAACGUCAUCCGGCACAACACCGCUGUUGGCGGGACCCACUUUGGGUUCUGGUACCGCAUGCACAAGAAUCCCGACGGUCCCAGCUACGACCCGAACAUUUGCCAGCAGCGCGUGCCGCUGGGCGAGUUCGCCAACAACACGGCCCACUCCCAGGGCUGGUUCGGCUUGUGGAUCUUCAAGGAGUACUACCCGGUGAGGGACGGCAGGUGCCGGAGCAAGGUGCCCGAGCCCGCCGUGUUCCGCUCGCUGACCGCCUGGAACUGCGAGAAGGGGGCGGAGUGGGUGGACGUGGGCGCCGUGCAGUUCAACGGCUUCGUCAUGGUCAACAACGAGAAGGCGGGCAUCGAGGGGAAACGCAUCAUCAGCAGCUACGUCCGGGACUUCAGCGAGGAGGCCGGGGCGGCGGUGGUCAACAGCACCCUGGUUGGCCACGUGGAUGAGCUGUUGCUGGGCGAUGACUACUGCUCGACCAGAGGGGUCAUCCUGCCGCUGGACGACGGCAUGAGCGUCCUCUCCAGCACAUUCAUGAACUUUGACCGGCCAGGCUGCACGGCCAUCGGAGUGGCGGCGAUUGACGGGACCUGCAAGGAGCGCUGCGGGGGAUGGGGGGCCCGGUUCUCUGGGAUCCAGUACUACAACUCGCCCCACAAGGCUGGCUUCAGGUGGGAGCACGAGGUCAACCUCGUCGACCUGGAUGGCUCCCUCACAGGCUCUGCGGGCAGUAAGGUGGUGCCAGCGAGCCCCCUGUUGGACCCGGCCCUCUGCACAUCUCACGACGACUGGAGCGUUGGCUUCCCCGGGGUCAUCUGUGAUCCCAGCGUCAGCUUCCACCGCCUGGCCUUCAACCACCCGACGCCCACCUCCCUGGAGAGCAACCUCGCCAUCUUCUCCAAUGACUUUGGUGCAAGUGAGGUUCCAUACAUGAAGAAGAGGAUGACUCACAAGUUUGGCUGGAUGGCGAUGCUUCCGUCUGGACAGACAUACAGGUGGCACUUUGAUGGCGUGGCUCAGAUCACCAACAUAUCAUAUGACUCCACUUUCUAUGGGUUUAAGCGCGACGAGUUCAUCAUCAUCAACCACAAUCUGACUCAGAGUCCAGACAGUUUCUUCAUCAUGGACAAGAGAAAUGGCUCCUCCUCCCCUCUGACGAAUGAUGAUAAUGUGAAUGGAGACUGGUAUAUCGACGAGAACACCAACAACCUGUACUACUUAGUGUCCGGACAGGACUCUCACAGCCGCCGUAGACGUCGUUCCAGUGUGGACCCCGAGGUAGUGGACAGGAACGUGGACUUCAAGGUGUUCAGCUGCUUCUACCCCACCUGCCAGCCCCCCCCUCCGCCUCCCCCAGCAACACUGCCCCCGCUGCCCUCACGAAGGCCUGAUGACUUUAUCUCCUGGUCCAGUGAGUCCUUCUGGCUCUCGUCUGCUGAGAACAACUUCACCGUGCCUAGAGAGGGCUCUGAUGUGGUUAUCCCAAUAGGGUCUUGGAUGGUGCUAGAUGAAGACACCCCUCCUCUGAACAGAUUGACGGUGCAGGGUGUCCUGGAGGUCCCCGAUGACAUGAACACCACGUCCUCCUCUCGCUCCAGACGCUCCACAGCCAACACAAUCGUCCUGGACGCCACCUACAUCUCCAUUCAGGGAGGUCGUCUGAUAGCAGGCUGGGAGGACGAGCCCUUCAGCGGGGAACUGCACAUCGUCCUGAGAGGAACUCACUACACCCCCGACUGGCUGCUGCCCAACGGCCCCAACCAGGGCUCCAAAGUGCUGGGUGUGUUUGGCACUCUGGACCUCUAUGGAAAGCCCCACGACGUCUACCACACCAAACUGGCAAGCACCGCGUCGGCUGGCACAGACACCCUCACCCUUCGUGAGGCGGUUGACUGGCAGGCAGGGGAUGAAGUGGUCAUCUCCACCACCAGCUAUGACCCAUGGCAGACAGAGAAGAGGACCAUAUCCGCCGUCUCUGAUGACAGAAGGACACUCACACUGAGCGAGCCGCUCACACACACUCAUAUCGGGGAGACCUAUGGUGUCAGCGGCACCUCGAGGACCUACACACUGGCAGCAGAUGUGGGGCUGCUGACCAGGAACAUCAAGAUUAUUGGCCACGCCCACGCUGAGCUGUACAGCCAAUCGUUUGGCGCUCGCCUGCUGGUGGGCACCUUCUCAGAGGGAGGCAUCGACUACAGAGGAGAAGCUCAGAUAAGGAAUGUGGAGUUUUACCACACUGGACAGGAGGGAUGGUCCGAUUUCUACGACCCGCGCUACUCUGUAGCUUUCGUCAAUUUGGGAGAGGUGCCUGAGAUGGAGUCCUACAUCCAGGGAUGUGGUUUCCAUGACGGCUUCUCUCCUGCCAUCGGCAUCUUUGGCACAGAUGGACUGACUGUAGAUGACAACGUCAUCCACUUCACUGUAGGAGAAGGUAUCAGAGUAUGGGGCAGCAGCAACCUGAUCAGAAGGAACCUGGUGACCAUGACCCUGUGGCCCGGGUCCUACCAGGGCCGAGAGGAGAUGUUCAACUACGACUGGACCGCUGCUAUAGAGGUGAAUGAAGGCACAAAUACGGUUCUCAUUGGCAAUAUAGUUGCAGGUUUUGAGAGAUCAGGGUACCUUAUUGAUGGAGAGCCAUGCCCAGGAACGGCCAAUCCGGUGCAGGCGUGGCGGGAUAACGAGGCCCACGGCGGCGUCUACGGCAUCAUGAUGAACAAGGACGGCCUGCCGGGCUGCUCACACAUCCAGGGCUUUACCGUGUGGCGAAGCUUCGACUUCGGGAUCUACUUCCAGGUGUCCAUGAAUAUUCAGAUAUCUAACAUCACUCUGGUGGAUAACGGCAUGGGCAUCAUGUCAAUCAUCUACGCCCCGCCCUCUCUGCAACACCUGUAUGCUGAUAAAACCGUACAUAUUCAGAAUGCCCUGAUUGUUGGCACCAGUCCAGACUUCAACUGCUCUGACCAGUUGUCCUCGUCUGAGACGUACGUCCGACUGUCCAGGGACCACGGAGCUCCCCGCCCUCCCAUGGGGGGCAGGUCUGGGAUCUGCUGGCCAGCCUUCAUAUCAGGACACAACGCCGGCCCCACCAUGUCUCUCACCGGCUCCACCAGCUACAACACCAUCAAGGGCCUCAUGACAGUCACCGACACAACAUUUGUGGCUUUCGGGGACGUGUGUUCGACUGAAAGAGCCGUGAUGUUCCUGACUAACCCCAACAACGAGGACCUCCAGCACCCUGUGCAGGUGAAGCGCAUCACCCAGGCCGAGAGCACCGAGGCGGGCAGACUGCUCAUCCAUCGGCCAAACCUCGGGAAGGUGAACCCGGCGGACUGCGUGGACAUGGACUGCGAUGCCAAGAAGAAGAGCCUUCUGAGAGACGAGGAUGGCACCUUCCUGGGCGCGGUGGGCACCGUGGUGCCCCACGCCGAGUUCGAGUGGGACGGAGACAGCAGGCAUGGAGUGGGCGACUACAGGAUCCCCAAGGUCAUGCUCACCUACCUCAACGGCAGCCGCAUACCUGUCAGUCAGAUAGCACCCCGCAAAGGUGUGAUAAGGGACUCCACCUGCGAGUACGUGACCCCGUGGCAGAGCUACAAGUGCUUUGGUCUGAACUACAGGAUGCUGGCGAUCGAGAGUCUGGAUGCUGACACAGAGACCAGACGCCUGUCUCCAGUGGCCGUGCUGGGAGACGGCUACAUCGACCUGAUGAACGGGCCCCAGGACCAUGGCUGGUGUAACGGCUACACGUGCCAGAAGAGGCUCUCCCUCUUCCACGGCAUCAUCGCCACCAGCAAGGCCUUCGACGUCUACUUCACCGGCACCACCCCCCAGAAGCUCCGCCUCAUGAUGCUCAACGCCAGGCCAACAGAGACUGUGCGCGUGGCCGUGUUCUACUCCAACCCUCAGCGUCUGGACGUUUACGUCAACAACGAGCUGGUGGCUCCGACCAACGCAGAAUGGAACAGCGACAACACAGACUUCACACUCAAGGAGCCCUCAUACCCAGGGAUGUAUUUGCCUGCACUUAACUCUACCACGAACGGUGCCAACUUCUUCGACCCGGACUACAAGAUGCUCCAUGUGUUGCUGCGCGGCUCCGAGCCCGUGGAGGUCCGCACCUCGCCCAAGCUCUUCCUCUCCUUCAGCCUGCCCGCCAUGACGGAGGACGAGUUCUUCGGCGAAAGCCUGGUCGCCAACCUGGCCGCCUUCCUGAAGGUUCCGGCCAGCAUGAUCCGCAUCACCAAGAUCGUGAGGGAGGGGGGCGACGCACGGCGACGCAAGCGGUCCACGGGUCUCUCCGUAGAGGUGGAGAUCAGCAAGCCUCCCGUCCAGCAGACCACCAACACCACCAAUGAUGAGGAAGCCUUUUCUGAGCUGCAGAACCUUGCUGAUGACCUGGGCCAGGCGGCCAUCUCGGGGAACCUCAGCCAGGCCGUAGGCUUCAACGUGUCCUCCAUGGGGGUCAUCCCUCCCCCACCACCAUCCUCAGACCCCACCUGGAACGAGGUGAGCCCCCCCACCAUCCUCAGACCCCACCUGGAACGAGCUAGUCAAGUGGCCACCGCUGAGGUGACCCGUGAGGACCCGGUACCGGAGAAGGUGACGAGCCUGGCCUCCCUGAGCGUGAUGCAGGAGCCUGUGGCCGGACUCACCCCCGGACUCCUCAGCCAGCAGCCCAGCAUCAUGGCUCUGGACCAGGAGGGGAGCUGUGUGGCGGUUGGGGUCACUAAACUGACUCUGACAGCUGUGCUGAAGGACUCCAGCGGCACUCCAGUGGAUGGUCUCUAUGGAAACACAACCAUUCUGUUCAAAGGAUGCUGGGCUAACUACACUGACCUGAGCAUCUCUGGACCUGAAGUGAGUGCCUCUUCCCGGUCCUUAACCAUCAUAGCCGUACCAGUUACCACACCCAGCCCCUCCACCAACACCACCUACACCGCCGCAACCACCAGCACCAGCGGAGGGCCGACUCCGCCCGACUCACCCAUACCCCCAAUCGACCCUGAUCACUCUGAGGUCUCUGAGGUGUCACUCUUAUCGACGUCGAAGGGCUCCCACUGGCUGAAGAUGGCCGCCCUCUCCUUGCUGUGUUUGUCAGGAUGA